AUGCCGCUCGAAUAUCUGCAAAUGUUUGUUUAUCUGCUGCACAAAUCCAAGUAUCGAAGAAAAUGUGGCCCACCGCCUACGGUGGCAGACCUUUGGCGUGCUGCACUGGUGCUGUUAGCUUUAUCGUGCCACCUGGGCCCUACCACCGUCUCGUGUCAAGGGUUGACCGGGAUGGCCGAUUCCGCCAGCCGAUGCACGGAGGUACGCUGCAUGAACGGUGGUGUCUGCAAAAACGGAACCUGUCUCUGCCCGGACGGCUGGCAAGGGUCCGAGUGCCAAUUCUGCGGUGGUAAGGUUAGACUGACGGAUCCAUCAGGCAGCAUCCAUGAUGGGCUCGGUAACUAUUCGAUCGGCGUCAAAUGCAGCUGGUUAAUAGAUGCCCGCGAACACAACACCAUCACCGAUAAGGUGUCGAACGGUGGUCCCACCCAACCCUCUGUAAUACGGCUCCAUCUAGAAGAGUUUGCCACCGAAUGUGGCUGGGACCAUCUGUACGUGUACGAUGGUGAUUCCGUCGAAUCACCGCUGCUUGCCGUAUUUAGCGGGUUGAUGUAUCGGAAAAAUUUCACCAUCCGCCGAAUACCGGAAGUGUUUGCCCACUCCGGUUCGGCCCUAUUACACUUCUUCAGUGACGAUGCGUACAAUAUGUCGGGCUUUAACAUUUCCUACCAAGUGAACGCUUGCCCCACGAACGAUUCAUCGCUCAGCUGUUCGGGCAAUGGCGAUUGCUGGAAUGGGGAUUGUAACUGCAACAAUGGGUUUACCGGUGCCGCCUGUAACAUUCCCCGCUGCCCGAACUAUUGUUCCGCCCAUCUCGGCCAUGGCGUGUGUGACAAGAAGCAGCAACGGUGUGUCUGCAGCGGUGGCUACACGGGAAACGAUUGUUCGCAAACGAUCGCCCACGGUUACUGGACGGCGAUCGAUGCCGGCGAAACGGAAGGCUUUGCACCGCCGGGCAGUGCGUCACACGGGGUGGCCGUUUUCCACGAUACGCUGUACGUGAUUGCGGGCGAAAGUUACGGCAAAGCAGAAGCCCUGCUGUAUAUGUACGAUUUCAAUGGGAAGGUGUGGGAGACGGCCCACACAGAGAGUAAGCCGGUACCGGAGCUUCGGUACGGUGCGUCAACGGUCAUCUUCGGCGACAAGAUAUUCAUGUACGGUGGUGUGAUCGAGGGCAAAGGUGUGUGCGGCGAGCUAUGGGCGUUCGAUGUGAGUGCAAAGAUAUGGGAAAACAUCACCGUGAAAUCGGAACAGUGCAACGAAACGUACGAGAUGUGUGGACCGCUCCGUUCAGCCGGACAUACCGCAACAAUCGUGACGAACUACGAUCAAACCGGUGCCGGUGGAAAGAAGAUACUGUCAGGUGGUGGCAGUUCGCAGAAGAUGGUGGUCAUAUUUGGCCAUUCGCCACAGUUCGGGUACUUGAACACGGUGCAGGAGUUUAACUUUGGGACCCGCGAAUGGAAGAUAGUACCGACGCGCGGUUACCCGGUAAAGGGUGGUUACGGCCAUUCGGCCGCUUACGAUCCGCUGCGGGAACGUAUCUACGUGUACGGGGGCAUCGUGUCGGAGAGUGAUAGCUCGCAGUUGCUAAGCAACAAACUGUUUAGCUACGAACCGCACGAGCGUCUCUGGACGUUGCUGGAAACAGCGCCUACUGCUCGCUUCUUACACACGGCCAAUUUCCUUACACCCGGACUGAUGAUGGUAUUCGGCGGUAAUACACACAACGAUACUUCGCACAGCUUCGGAGCGAAAUGUUAUUCGCGCGAUCUGAUGGUUUACGAUGUGCUGUGUGACUCGUGGCACACGCAACCCAUGCCGGAUGAUCUCUACGCCGAUCUGGCGCGGUUUGGCCAUUCGGCAGCAGUGUUUGAGCGUUCGCUGUACAUCUACGGUGGGUUCGAUGGGCAGAUGAUAAACGACAUGCUAAAGUUCACACCGGGAGAAUGUCAAGCGUUCAAUCGUACGGAGCAGUGUCUUAAUACGCGACCGGGUGUAAAAUGCGUUUGGGACAUACAGAAGAAUAAAUGCAUGCCAGCGGCGGCGGUUCAGCGCGAACGGUUGUUCGACCGUGACCAGGAAGGUUUGGAGGUGUGCCCCAAGAAGAGCCGGCUUGUGCUAACGCAACAGGAGCUGAUGGAUUACGAGCUGUGCAGUCAGCUGACGACGUGCCAAGGCUGCGUAUCGACCGCGUACGGUUGUAUGUUCUGUGGCAUUGGCAAUGGAAAGGGUAUCUGCGUGAAGGAGAAGUGCCCGGACGUGUCGUACACGUUUCGGGCCGAUUUCUAUCCCACCAAGGCGCUGAAGGACUGUCCGGAUAAUGAUGAGCAUGUGUGUGCGCAGCUGCACGGAUGUCACGCCUGUACGGCGGUGAGCGUUUGCCACUGGGACUACGAGCAUAGCAAAUGUCAGUACAGCCGGAACAAAUCGGGCGAUGCACUGAACGAUGCCUGUCCGCCGGCCUGCUCUGGGCUGACGUCUUGCGGUAAUUGCACACAGGAGGAAUGUAUCUGGUGCCAGAAUGAGCAGCGGUGCGUGGACAAGAAUGCGUACACUGCCAGCUUUCCGUACGGGCAGUGUCGCGAAUGGACGACAGGUUCGAGUAAGUGUCGGGCAGCUAGUAGCGGCAAAAGUCAGUGCGGUUUCUAUCGCACCUGUGCCCAGUGCCGGGAUGAUCCUGCUUGUGGUUGGUGUGACGAUGGUUCCAUGACCGGGCUGGGUAAGUGUCUGCCGGGUGGAGACAGUGGAGCACACGAAGAGACCGAAUGUCCGGCACAGCGCUGGCACUUUACGCACUGUCCCAGCUGUCAAUGUAAUGGCCAUAGUACUUGUCCCGAUUCGAAGACGUGUAAGCAGCCCUGUAACGAUCUGACGAUAGGCACGAACUGCGACAAGUGUAAGUCGGGCUACUGGGGCAAUCCGGUCAAUGGAGGCAUCUGCCAGAAGUGUGAAUGUAACGGACAGGCUCAGUACUGUCACAGCGAGACGGGCAAGUGCUUCUGCAGCACCAAGGGGCUGGCGGGUGAUCAUUGUGAAAAGUGCGACGCAACCAACCACUACCAUGGUGAUCCGAGUCGUGGAUCGUGCUACUACGAUCUGACGAUCGACUACCAGUUUACGUUCAAUUUGUCGAAGAAGGAGGAUCGUCACUUUACGCAGAUUAACUUCCGCAACUCACCGGUCAAGCCGGAUAUCGAUGCCGACUUUACGAUCACGUGCAGUGUGGCGGCACGGAUGAAUAUCACCAUCCGGACGGCCGGUGGCAUCGAGAAGCCACUGUUUUCGGCUGUUAACUGUUCCACGUUUCGGUACCGGUUUUCCAAGGCCGAACAUCAGUUCGGUAUCGAGGACAAUGUGACACUGACAACGUUUUACGUGUACGUGUACGACUUUCAGCCACCGCUCUGGAUACAGAUUGCGUUUUCGCAGUAUCCGAAGCUGAACUUACAGCAAUUCUUCAUCACCUUCUCAACAUGUUUCCUUUUGCUCCUCGUCAUGGCGGCCAUCCUGUGGAAGAUUAAGCAGCAUUACGACAUGUUCCGGCGGCGGCAGCGAUUGUUUGUUGAAAUGGAACAAAUGGCGUCGCGACCAUUUUCGCAGGUUUUGGUCGAGAUUGAAAGUAGAGAAUACAACGAGCUAUCGCCCGCGGUAGAAAAUAUUACUGCUGCACCGCGGAAACGUAAAAAGGACUCACCCAGCCCUAUCGCACUGGAGCCAUGCGAAGGCAACAGGGCGGCAGUUCUUUCGCUUCUAGUCCGGCUGCCAACGGGUGGCCUUCAGCAUUCUCCUCCUGGUCAAUCGGCAGGUCUUGCCGUCGCAAGUGCAUUAGUAACGUUAGGGAACCCACGACGCUCGUCGAUAGAACAUCCGAAGGAACCUAAGACUAAGCGUAAGCAGAGCCAACACCCUGAUAGUUGUAUAUAAAUAUCAUGUCUACGUAUAUCCAUCUGG